AUGUCUACUGUCGCGCAAAAACGUCUUUUCCAUGAGUACAAGAACCUCUCCACCAACCCACCAGACGGCAUCACCGCCGGCCCGGUCACUGAAGAUGACAUGUUCCACUGGGAAGCCCUGAUUGAGGGUCCACAAGGCACGCCUUUUGAAGGCGGCGUUUUUGCUGCCGAGUUGAAGUUUCCAAAAGAUUAUCCGUUGAGUCCGCCGACAAUGAAGUUUGUAGGUGGAGGCGUUUGGCAUCCUAACGUGUAUCCCAAUGGAACCGUGUGUAUCUCCAUUCUUCAUCCUCCCGGCGAUGACCCGAACCACUAUGAGCAUGCGUCGGAGCGGUGGUCACCUAUUCAGAGCGUCGAGAAGAUUCUUAUCUCUGUCAUGAGUAUGCUUGCUGAGCCAAAUGACGAGAGUCCUGCCAAUGUUGAGGCGGCUAAAAUGUGGAGAGAACGGAGGAGUGACUAUGAGCGCAAGGUUCGUGAUGAGGUACGGAAGGGCUUGGGACUGUAG